AUGUUUCUAUCACCGAGAGGAGAGCCGUUGUCCGCACCCGCUAAAAGGGCUGAGAUACAUACGCUGAAUAUCGUCAUCCUUAUUGUCGGCAUAAUCUCUGCUGUAGGUGCGGGAUGGAUUGUUGUCAGCUUCAUACUUUUUAGAUCCGUCAGAACAUUUCGGCAUCAGCUUAUUCUUGGAUUGGCAAUCAGUGACUUCUUGAUGGCGGUUAAUUUCAUGUCUUCAUCUGCGGUCAACAUCUCUGGUCACAUCAUAUCAGAAAAGCCACAGGAGAAGUUCUGCGACUUCAACGGCUUCAUGACCCAAGUUUUCGUCGUCCAAACGGAUUACUGGGUCCUGCUCAUUGCCGUAUGCACCUUCUUCAUUGUAGCCAACUACAAACGCCAAUCACAGUGGGUGCAAGAGCACCGUAUCAUUCUCUGGUGUUUACCAUGGGGAUUUUCCAUCUUAUGGGCUGCUCUAGGAAUGGGCCUCAUCGGGUACGGCGAUAUCGGAGCAUGGUGCUGGUUCACAUCCGACAAAACCCGCCUCCUCGUCAACUUCAUUCCCCGCUGGCUCAUCAUUAUCGCCAUUCUCGCCCUGUACGCCCGCCUGUACCUCCUCAUCCACAAAGCCCACAACCGCUUCCACAGCUUCGACCACCCCUCCGGCUCCAUCGAGCGCACCCUCGAACCCGAAGCCUCCUCCGUCUCCUCCACCGCCCGCAUUGGCAAGCCCGCUACGAUUUUCUCCUCAACUCCCACCCGCGACUCCGAAAGUAGUCCCGAUGCCGACCCACCCCUCCGCCUCAUGACGCACACGCGCGGCCCGAACCCCGUGCUGAAGAAAAUGGCGUACCAGAUGAUGAUGUACCCAAUCGUAUACAUGAUAAUCUGGACAAUUCCAACGGCUGUCCGCAUCUACCAAGCUGUUACGGGAAAGCCGGCGCCGUUCGGUAUCGCGACGGUUGACAAGUCGUGCAUCGUCAUCCAAGGCUUCGCGGAUGCGCUAAUCUACGGCUUCAACGAGGCGUCGAUAAGUGUAUGGCGCGCGAAGUUCUUUCCGCGGAGGCAUGCAAAUAGGGCGAACGGGGGUACUGCGCAUUCGAAUUCUAACCACUCUCGUUUCUGA